AUGCGCAGCAUUUUCACAUCAGCCUAUUUACAAAUCAUGUCAAAAAACAAGGGAAAAUCAAAAACAGCAGCUGCUGCUGCCAAUACAGCAGUUACACCAGUUGCAGCCAACACACCGGUCACACUGGACAAGAGCGGCAAUAUUGUCAUUAAAAUACUGGCCAAGCCCGGCGCCAAACAAAAUGGCAUCACCGACAUCGGACUGGAAGGCGUCGGUGUUCAGAUCGCCGCUCCGCCCAGCGAAGGCGAAGCCAACGCCGAACUGGUGAAAUUCCUGUCGAAAGUACUAGGGCUACGCAAAAGCGAUGUGUCUCUGGACAAAGGCUCCCGUUCUAAAAACAAACUGAUACUCAUUACCAAAGGCGUCUCUACCGUGGAAGCUAUCGAACAGUUGCUGCGCAAAGAAUCUGAGUUAUAACGAAAUUUAUAUUGGCAAAUAAAAAACGCACUAUUUAUUGAUUUUUAAA